GAUUUUUAAAAGCCUGACAGGCAAGUCGGUUUCUCUGGCUCCCUCGGUCCUCCACCUUCUGCAGCUCUGUCUUUUUUUGUUCAUGCGCAGCAAAGCCGCAACAGAAGGCCGCGAAAAAGAAAAUACGCGCCUCUCUCCCUUUUGUCUCCUCAGUGGGUGUUUCAUCCUCGUCCUUCCUCCUUGCAAGUGCCGUCGCCUUCUGUUUCUUUUUCGUAAUUCCUCUUCCGUUUUUUCUAUGUUUUCUCUUCUUCGCUUUCUUCUCUCGCAGCUCGCUCCUCCCUUUUUCCAGUUUUCUUUCGCCGCUCUCAUCACCUCGAGGCUUUGUCCGGUGUCCGCCCCUCAUCUUCGUAUUUCGUCCUUUUCCUGCUUCGCUUCGGUUCUCUUUUUUUCUUUGCUUCUUUUCUUCUUCCCUCCGCAGAGACUCUUUUCUUCUUCUCGAACUCAGGCACUUUGCAUGUUUCACGCAGGCGCUCGACCCCGCUUUUGCUUUUCAAGAGAAUCCGUCUGAUUUCUUGACGUUUUUUUUAGUUCUUCCAACUUCCCUCGACUUCCCGUUUCAACCAUGCCGGCCCGACACAGCAAGAACGCCACCAGCGCCGCCUUUUAUUCUUACCAUGAGAGGAAGAAGCUGAAAGACGUCGGAACGCAGCGCGAGCGUCUAGACACGGAUGCCCUGCGACGGUUCGAAGCGUGUUGGCUGUGCAACCGAACGGCCCUGGCGCCUGUCUGUACACCCCAGGGACUGGUCUACUGCAAGCAGUGUCUGUUUUUCAACUUUGAGGACCAGAAGAAGAGGAUGGCGAAGGAGUUGAAGGAAUGGGAAGCGCAACAAAUCGCGAAGAAGGAGGCCGACGCAGUGAAGAAGAUGGAGGAGGCGAGUGCAGAGAAGAACAAAUUUCUCGAGGAAGAAAACAAAGUCGCGUCCUACUACGCCAAGCAGCGAAAACCGACAGUGGCCGAACUCGAAUUAGCCCCGAAGAAAAAUCCGCAUCUGCUCAUCGGCGAAGGCGGAAAGGCCGCUGCGCGCGAAAAGAGCUUUUGGGCUGUGGAGAAUACUCCGUCGGCGCCUCCUGAAGAGGCGAAACCUCCCAAGCGGUCUCUCGAAUGCCCCAUCACGAGGAAGCCGCUGAAGCUGAAGCAGCUCGUGUACCUGAAUCCCGAAUUGCUGGACGAUAAAGAAACGGAGUUCAACAGAUGGUCGUGUAAGAUUUCGAAGCGCGCAAUCACAAAUCAGAAGGCUGCUGCUGUCAUCCCGACGGGGGACGUCAUCCUGAUGGAAUGCAUCGAGAAAUACGUCCUGAACAAGAAGGGCGGCUUCUACGGCGACAAAGUCAUAACCAAACAGGACAUCAUUCCUCUUGUCCCAGGUGGAACAGGCUACAGUUCUCACAACACUGUUGAAGGCGUAGUGCGAAGAGCUUGUAUUCAGUAAAAUGCGGAGCGUCUGUGAUUUGCUCUCCUCACUCCGUCUCCUCGGUCUCCUUUCGCUCUCUGUUGUCUUCUCAAGCCCCGCCUGUUGUUCGCUCUCGGCUGUCGGCGUGUAACGCGAUUCGGUUCGAGUCUGUUCCCAGUUUUCCUCUUGAGUGCAGGUGUGCCUCACGAUCUUCACAAGCGAGCGUCUCAGGCAGGACGCUCCUCUUGUUUCGUCUGGUGGACCUCGUGCUGCUGCCUGUCUCUGUCAAUCCCUUUAAACAUUCGGAAAGUCUGUCGACGUCUUCAUCGACGUACUUCCACGGAUAUCCACGCAGAUGCACAUGCAUAUAUAUAUAUGUAUAUAUAUAUAUGUAUAUAUAUAUAUAUAUGUAUAUAUAUAUGUAUAUAUAUAUAUAUAUAUAUGUAUAUAUAUACGUCUAUCCACUUAUUCUUUGGUAUUUUGUCUCUUCUUUUAUCGAAACAGUCUGAUGUUCUAUGUGUCAUGUUCUGUCGCAAGACGCCUUGUCAGCCGCGCUUAUCUUUUUUCUUCUCUGGUUUCUGUUUACGGAUAUACGCGUGCAGGUAUGUGUGCUUUGGAGCAGCUGUUUAUAUUUGUGUGCGCAUAUACACAUGCGUAAAUUUCUCGACAGGGAAGCGCAUGCGUUCGCUUUUUUAUCGUAGCAGUCUGGACGCCUCGAGGAGGCCCUGUGACGGCGGACGGCUGGCUCUGAG